AUGUUGCUACCAACCAAGCAAAAGUUCACGGAUUUACCAAAAGAAAUUAUUUUAACUGUUUUGGAAUUUGCAGUGGAUAAGAUUGAUUUUAUUUCUGUUUUAUUCAAUAUCAAUAAGGAAAUACGAGAAUUGGUCAAGGAAAAUCCAAUAUGGAUUCAUAUAUCUCAUAUUCUGGAUGUGGAAAAGAGUAUUACACCAAUACAAUCAAUCAUUAAGAGUAAUUUUUAUAGUCCUGACGGUCAAAUAUUUUCCAAAUUACAAGAAUAUUUUCAAUCAUUAACAUAUAUUCAAUAUAUUCAAUUACAAAAGCAAGAUGAUGGCAAUCGAGAAACAAUAAUAUUCGAUCCAUUUUCCAAAUUGGCUCUCUGUGAUUCUAGUACAUUUUCAGAAUUGAUCCAAAUAUUUGGAAUUAAUGCUUUUAGAACUUUUCAUUCAUCGAUUAAUGGGCCUAAUACAAAUAUUGGUAUCAUGGAUACAAUGAUGUAUGAUUUGGAUGUAAAUAGAGGAGAGACUAUCAUUCAAGCAUCAUUUAUGGUUGGAGAAGAUAAGUCUAUCAAUGCCUUUCUUAUCCAAUUCAAUGACAAAAGGAAUGAAGUAAAGGAACCUCCAAUGCUCACCUGUCCAGAAUUGAAUGUCACAAUUACUGCAAGUGAUGUUUCAAAUAAUUUUCCUUUUAGUUUGCUUGAAAAUAUGAAGUUAAUCAUUUCUUCCAAGUAUGGAUCACCAUCAGAAUUUAUAUGUUGGGAGAAGGUUAGAGUUAAAAAGAGUAAAAUUUUCAAGAUUAGUAGGAAAGAGGAAACAACACAUUGCAAAAUCAAACAAAUUAUGAAACAAAAGAGAUUUGAGUAUUGGUUUGGAAGUGAAAAUACCAUAGGGUCAAACAGCGAUUGUUUUUUUAAAUUUGUAAAAGUACCCACACAACAAGUGUAG